CCAACACCAUCACCCCCCAACAUCAUCAUCCCCCACCGCCACUCCAUCUCGCACUGCCACCACUCCCGUUGACCACACACAAAUCCGAUAAAAAUGUCAAUGCACGCAAAAAACAGAUUCAGAAGUAACAAGCCAAAUAACAUUAUCUCCAACCAGUUCUCCUCGUCGACCUGAUUAUUUCGUUCAAAGCCCAUCACGUGACUACACGACGGCGAAGAAACCACUAAUUCAUUCCACUCAACACCUGUUUUGAGUCCAAACGGGUCACCAGGUCUCCACUCACGUUGCACAUCCUCUACUCGUUUUACCGGGUCGCUCCGAACCGGAUCAAGAAAGGGCAACAAUGGCCACCAUCAACAACCUCGCAAUGGCGAUAAAGGUUUUGUUGCAAUUGAAGAAGGACUAAUUGAUGUUGAUCAUAGACGUGGCAUACCACAUCGUUGUUAUUUCUUGGCAUUUGUUGUUGGUUUCUUUGUUUUAUUUUCCUUUUAUGGGCUGCUGCUAAACCACAUAAACCUGAAGUUACAACAAGGUUAUCCCAUUUAUAUAUAGUGUCUGUGAGUAACGGUGGAAAACCGUCGUAAUGGUGGUGGUGGAGUUGGGUUAUUGCAGCAUCAUCCGUAAAUCUCAAUUUUGAACAUGAUCAACAAUGAUAAUCGUACAAUCUUUAUUUCUCAGAAUGGAAGAGUUGGAGCUGGGACUUGUUUCGUUGAUACGAAUUGCGUGGAUCGCGGCUACUUUACCGAUUUUGAUUGCUUGUUUGCCAGUUCCAGGGCUUGUUUGGUUUCGGAAAGUUUUGUUGGGGUUUGCCAAGAGAGGCAAGGUUUUACAAUCUAAUAAUAAUUUAACUGUGCCUCAGAGAUUUUUCUUUCACUUUUAUAUGGUGGCCAUAUUCUGGACGACAAUUUUGCUUGUUGCAGUGUGGUCUUAUGCAAUUAAGACGCUACCAUCACUUAUCGAACAAGACCUGUUUUCUACUAUAACCAGCCACUUGACCGGAGGUUCACAUACCUUCUCCUCUCAUAAGUCUUUGUCAACAAGAGAGUAUGUAUACAGGGUUUGGCUAUCUGUGUUUAUGCUUUUGCUAAUGGAAGCUCAAGUUUUGCGACGCUUCUAUGAGACAAUAUAUGUAUUUAACUACAGUCCAUCUGCUCGAAUGCACAUCCUUGGUUAUUUUGCGGGCCUAUUUUUCUAUACGGCAGCGCCACUGUCUCUUUGUUGUACUUUUGCACCUGAGGUUUUCAACUUUGUAAAGAAUCUUUUGGUGGAGUUCAUUGUGAAGGGAAAGGAUCGCAUGUCCAGGCCUGAGUUUAAUAUAUGGAUGUUUGUGACUCCUUUCUUGAGGCUUCGAUGGUAUACAUGGAUAGGUGCAGCUAUAUUCUUUUGGGGUUGGAUACAUCAGUUCCGUUGUCAUGAAAUUCUUGGUUCCUUACGAGAGAAAAGUGAAAAGCUGGAGGAGUAUGUUAUUCCUUAUGGAGAUUGGUUCGAAUAUGUCUCGUCUCCACACUACUCAGCGGAAAUUGUCAUUUACGGUGGUCUUCUGGUGGCCAGUGGUGGUACCGAUCUCUCAUUGUGGUUACUUUUCGCUUUUGUGGUGGCAAAUCUUGUUUUUGCAGCAAUGGAAACACAGAGAUGGUACCUUAAUAAAUUUGACGAUUACCCUCGUAAUCGGUUUGCUAUUUUCCCAUUUGUUUAUUAGAGACCUUUUGCAUGAAAGAUCCCUGUGUAAAGUUGAGAUUGAACCUUUUAUUCGUAAAUGAAAAGCUUCUGCCCUACUAAGUACUAGCCGGGAUCUCCUAGCUUUUUGAGUUCUCUGUGCAAGCUUUGAAGAUGAUGGCAUGUCAUGGGAUGCGGACGAUUCUCUAUAAAACAGUUAUCCAUUGUGGAUGCUCUUACUAAACUUCUUGGCACAAUAGUGACAACAAAAACUGUCAUCUUUCUGUGAUUUAUACUUGGAAUCAUGAACAAUUACAAAAAUAAGAGAAUGAAACCCAAUGCCAAGGAGGCUAUUCAACAAUUUGUCGUUUAUGGACCUGUAAGAGUCGCUGAUCAUAUUAUCGGGUCAACUGUUUUGGAGAGGUGGAAUUUUGUUCUUCAAUAAACACAAUACUGCGGUUUUGGUAUUAUAUAUUUAGAAGUUUGGUAUUACAUCCAAUUCGAUGCUUUGAUUGAAAGUGAUCUUAUACACCAAAGUAGGCCCCGUUAACAUGAAAUAUCUAAAUAAAAUAAAAUUAGGGUUUUGAGAUAACUAGGUUCUCAUCCAUCGUCGUGUAAUCUGAUAAAUUUGAUGGUGGUAUAGAUUGGUGGUGGUGGCGUUUAUGAUGUAACUGGCGGGAUAUAAUCUAUGACAGUUUGAUUUGUUGGUGUAUCCUGAGAAGUGAAUACAUAGACCAGGGAGGGGAGGCAUUCAUUUGCGAUGGUGAUGACAGUCGGAGAAAACUUUGGUGACGAAGGCCGAAGAGGGAGGGUUGGAGAGAUGGGGACGACGGCGGGAAUGGCGGUUUGGGGAUAUAUUGUGUCAUGUUUGAAAAGGGUGAAACAUGUAUGUGUGGUUAGAUUAGAGAGUCUAAUAUUUUCUAUGAUAUUUUUUUGGACACAGUGUAUAUGUGGAUGGGAAAUGAUAAAUCCUUCUAGAAUUUCUCCUAA